AUGUCAAAUAGUUUUGUGAUUGAAAGAGCUGGAACGGCAGCUGUGUGCUCACCAUAUUCUUCUUCUUUUCUGCGGCUAGCCAUUACGAAGUACGAAGGACGGGACCCCGACGGGUACUCGGUAUUUUUGUCCCUGACGUUGGGGAAGCAAAAUGCCAACUCGACGCUGCUGCAGUGUAACACACUCUCGUGGUUGAUGCGAACCAGUCCCGCUACGACAAGGCCAACCGAGGCAGCUACGCCACAUGCACUUGCGUUGGCGUCCGAAACGUACCAGGAAACUCAACCGCCAACAGACUGCGCGUUCUUCCAAAUCCCUCCAGGCAUCCAGCAGCCCUUUCACCAAACUUGUUGCCAAGCUUCUGAUGGUUUCACUGUCCGAAUCCAGGAAACCGCCCAGAGUGCCUUUGUUCGACAAGACCCAAACAAUUCCAUCUCGAGGCAUUUGCACUUCAGAGCAAGAGUAACGCAUUAUAUCUCAUCCCAGAAUGAAACCGAGGAACGACAGCGCGUCAAAUAA